UGACUUGAACUUUAUCUUUUCUUUGAUCAAUGCCACCAAUUUACAUCGUUUGGAAGUGAACAUCAACAAUUUUGGCUGCAAGUUUCCAGAAUACAUCGACGGUUGGAGCAGAAGCAUUGAGGAUUGGUGUAAAUGGGCCAUGGGUCACUAAAUCAUACCUUGAAAUGAUUCUUGAAAGUAGAGGUGUACCACGCCUUAAUACACCACCACUUUUGUCUAAUACAUCUACCACUAUUGUUCAAGAAAGGUUGAUUACUGCACCAAAGCCUCUUCGAAUUGCUUCGAACCUUGUGUUUGAAGAUUUAUCUCAGCCAUGGACUCAAUCGCCAACAAAAUCCCAAAUGGAACCUGUACUAGCAACUUGGCAUUUUGUCUCACCAGAUCCUCCACUUGCUGAUGGCUCUGUCAUUGGGAUAGCCUGCAGCUUGUUCCAAUGCCUGAUUCAUAUGACUUGGAUAAGGGAUUGCUUCUUGCUGUUCAAGCAAUACAGUUACAUAUGUUUAAUGUCACUUCUGAUACAAGGAAAAGGACAGUUCAAUUGCUCUACUCCUGGUAUACAAGCCGAUCUUUGUAAUGCUACAAAUCCUGAAUGCUCUCCUUAUGUACUCAGGGUUAUUCCUGGAAAAACAUACUGA